AAUCUUUGAAUGAGUGAAAUUUGAAAGCAAAGCAUCAGGAGUAGGGAUUAGAUUACGACGGUUGAAUAAUGUACUCGGUGUAACUGUUGUUUAGGUGUGUAAACUGUAAUAAGUUAUUCGAUCUCACCACAUAGAUAUUGUUAAACCAAAGAGGAUUGUUAAUAUAAGAUAAGGUCAUUUACUAACUUUACCCAAUUUACCAGUUGGUUCAAGUCACUCUGUAGUACCAUAGCAUCAUCAGUACAGCUAGGAAUACCAAGCUGGAAGAUAUAACCCAACAUGAACAGUGAGUUAGGAGGCUUGAAAAUUGGAAUAAAUGUAGACAUCCAGAGAACUAAUGGCCGUAUCCAUUCUGCUGUGAUUAGUGGAAUCAAUUUAGCUACAAGAAGUGUAACUGUUGAGUGGUUUGAACAUGGAGAGACUAAAGGAAAAGAGAUAGAGUUUGAUGCUGUGUUCUCCCUCAAUCCUGGGAUUUUUGAAGUGCCUCGCAAUGUUAAUCGAAAGCUUCCAGCAAGACCUUCUCAUGCUGUGCAACCGAAAGGGUCAGUUAGAACUCGCCAAAGCUAUGCCCGACCACAGCUACAGAAUGGACACUCUGAGAAUAAUUUUCAGGCACCAGCUCCUCCUAAUCCUGUUAACAAUAUAGUAAUGGCUCCUCCACCUGCCCCCACACCUGGACCUCUUCAGCCAAUACAGAAGGCUAACACAGGGCAGAUAGCACAACUUCGUAAUACAGGCACAAAGGCUGCUACAAGGUCAGGAUGGCAAGACAGAAAGCCAAGUUCCUUGGCUUGUCCUGUGAAGAAAGGAGAAAAUCUGUGUAAUGAAGAUCCUUCUGCUCGGCGACGAUCAAAUGUGGUGAAAGAAGUGGAUAAAAUUAAGAAACAGAGAGAAGAGAGAAGGAUGCGACAGGCAGAACAAAAAGCUGAAAAACAGGAGCUCAUGAAUGUCGAUCCUGGAAAUCCAAACUGGGAAUUUAUAGGAAUGAUAAGAGAAUACCAGUCUCAGUUAGAAUACAAGCCUAUCAUGAUGAAUGACCCUGUUCAAGUUCAGCAGAUUUGUGUUGCUGUCAGGAAGAGGCCACUAAAUAAGAAAGAAAACAUGAGAAAGGAAGUGGAUGUAAUUACUGUACCAAACAAAGAACACAUUAUUGUUCAUGAGCCGAAGCUUAAGGUUGACCUCACAAAGUAUCUAGAAAACCAAGUCUUUAGAUAUGACUAUGCCUUUGAUGAGACAUCUGAUAAUGAAUUAGUCUAUAAAUUCACUGCUAAACCAUUAGUUCAAACAAUAUUUGAAGGUGGGAUGGCAACCUGUUUUGCCUAUGGACAAACUGGAAGUGGAAAAACGCAUACAAUGGGUGGAGACUUUCAGGGUAAAUCACAAGAUUGUACUACGGGUAUUUAUGCACUUGCAGCAAAAGAUGUUUUCAAGUUCUUGAAUUCAGCCAAGUACCGGAGUGAAGACUUAAUUGUGACAUCCAGUUUCUUUGAAAUAUACAGUGGAAAGGUGUUUGAUCUGUUGAAUGAAAAAUCCAAAUUAAGAGUUCUAGAAGAUGGUAAGCAACAGGUUCAAGUGGUAGGCCUCCAGGAAAAACUUGUAAAAUGUGUUGAUGAUGUGCUUAAGUUAAUUCAACAUGGCAACAGUGUUAGAACUUCAGGACAAACUUCAGCCAAUCAACACUCAUCCAGAUCACAUGCUGUUUUCCAGAUUAUUUUGAAAAAAAGGACAACAGGUCGCCUUCAUGGUAAGUUUUCCUUAAUAGACUUGGCAGGAAAUGAACGUGGAGCAGACACCUCAAGUGCAAAUAGGCAGACUAGAAUGGAAGGAGCAGAAAUCAAUAAAAGUCUGCUAGCACUUAAGGAAUGUAUACGAGCUCUGGGGCGUAAAGGGGCCCAUCUGCCAUUCAGAGCAAGUAAACUGACUCAGGUUUUGAGAGAUUCCUUCAUAGGAGAUAAUUCGCGUACAUGUAUGAUAGCAAUGAUAUCUCCUGGUUUGAGUUCCUGUGAACACUCGCUGAACACGCUUCGAUAUGCAGACAGAGUGAAAGAAUUGGGUAUAGAUAACCCUGAAAACCCUGAGAUUAGAACUGAUGAAGAUGAAGAGAUGAUGGCACAAGAUGAUGAUGAUGAUGAUGAUGAUUUUGCUCUUUUAAGAUCAACUAAUGAAGGAGAGUUUUCAGAAGAUCUUGUCACAUUCCAUGCUGCUAUUUCUCAUCUGCAAAGAAUGGAAGAAGAAAUUCUGGAUAUUCAUAAAACUGUUGUUGAUGCAAGUCGUAAGUGGUUAGAAGUUGAUAGCAGUCUUCUGAACAUGGCAAAUGAAGUAGAUUAUGAUGUUGACUCUUAUGCUCAGCAGUUGGAAGGUGUGUUAUCAGAGAAGAUUGAAGCCCUUACAGUUUUUAAAGAAAAAGUCACCUCCUUCCGCCAACACUUGGCAGAAGAAGAACAGAUCAGCAGAAACAUCAAAAGAGUGCCAGCUAAGUAGCCUGUUUUAAAUAAGUAUCUCUCUCUUCCACUCCAGAAAGCACCUUACGGGUCCACAGUGUUUACUAUGGGGGGACCAAUGACAUAAAGAAGUGCAUCUGAUAGCCUUUCUCGCUCGCUAACUUAAAACAACUAGAAAAAUGCUCCUUUUUACCCGAGUAUGUGUGUGCAUAACACAGUAGUUAUGAAUCUCUUACUAUAACUUGAAAGAGUGUAAGUGGGCAUACUAUGUAUGAUGCUGUAUAGUGACACUUUUAAAAGAAAGAAGAAAAAAAAACUGAUAAUUUCUUGCUCAUUUAGUGUAACUAGUGGUUUUGUUAUGAAAUAAAAUGUUAACCAAGGUAAAAAAAAAUUAAUAGCUUUUUUUUUAUAAUUAUAAGUGACUUAAAAUGAGGUAAUAUUGGCAAAAACCAUUUUCUUAUUGAAUUAGCAUACAGUAAAAUAGGAGAACGUGUACAUACUAAUUUCUUCAGCUUCUAUUGAUUCUAACCUCUGUUCAAACUAAUUGAAUUAUUCAAACAAGUGUUAUUUAAAAUAUGGACCAUGAUGUUUUGUAUACUGUGUUUACAUAAUGAUUUUAGAUUCUGUAAUGAACAUUGUACAGUAGUUUAAGAUUUGUAUAGCUUUCACAUAAAAAAAAAAAACAGCUUUCCUCUUGUAAUUUUAUACUGUUUUUCUUGCUUUCAUUUGUAUUACAGGCUAAUCUGUUUUAAAAGUGCCACAAUAUGUCUUUUAAUGUUUCCAAAUGUAAGGAUUCCAUUGUUAAAUAAAAGCCUUUUUAUGAUAUA